AUGACUUCGGAGCUCAUAUUGAAGAGUUUUCAAGCUACAGGCGUGUGGCCGAUGGAUGCAGACGCUGUACUGAAACGCUUCAACAACCGCCCACCACAACAAGACGAAGACGCAGAAAUUGGAGAGCAUGGCGAAGGCGAUAGCUGGCCUAAGCUGCGCAAAAUUUCUGACGCUGCAGUUGCUGACAAGGCCAGAAUUGAAGCCAAGCGGCUGUCGCGGAGCCUCCACUCGCUACAGGUCAACAACGAGCUUCUUCGCACUCGAAACGAGGAGCUACAACACGAACUCAACGUCAUCAAGAAGCGCCCAACGCAGCGGACAACACUGACUACACAAGACGGCGACGACUGGCACGGCGGCGCUGUCUUCUACAGUCCCAGGAAGCUUGCCCGCGACCGCGCGCGCAAAGCUGCAGAACUCGAUGAAGCCGCGCAGCUACAACUCCAAAAAUCUCGCGAUAGAAAGGCAAAGGUGGCAGCAACAGCUCACAAAAAGCAGCAGCAAGAGGAGGCAAAGUUCGCUCGACAGCGUGCUGCUGAGGAGCGUCGCGAGGCGAAGAAAGCACAAGCUGAAGUGCUGGCUGCCGAACGAGCGCUCAAAAAGCAGCAACACGACGCUCUGAUCGCUCAAAAAUCUCACGAUACACUCAACAAGCGUAAGCGAAAAGUCUCACACAGUGUUGCAAAAAAUCCGACAAAGCGUUGUUGUGUUGUGGCUGCUCGAAGUCGUGUUGACGCUGCACCGCCAGCUGCGUCUCCCCCACCCAAAAUCACUGCGAGAGGCCGCAGCUCGCGGUUACCAGCCAAAUAUAAAUAG